AUAGCAAUUCAGUGAACGAAAAUAAGAUGUACUUGCAAAAGCACUUUUAUGCUGGUAUAGAAAUGUCAUGGAACGCUUCUAAUUGACAUUGCUAUGCUGUCAGAAGAUUCUAGUGUAGACGUGGCCGUACUUUUCUGAGGUUUUAUUGACCAGAAUGUUGCAAUUUGUGGGAAAAUGGCACAUGGUUAUGCACUGGACUGUUCUAGAUUAUAUGGCACCCCACACCUUAAUCUUGUGGAAAAUUACAUUCUGUGCCAAGGCAAGAUGUAGCAAAAGAACAGAAAAUAGUUUUUUUAGAAAAUAGUAGUUUAUCUCAAAGAACACUGGACCAAUAUAGCUGUGAACACAUCAACAGUGUUUGCUUUUUGCAGUAGUUCUGGUUUAUGCAAUAAAUACCUUGGCUCUCUAACAAGAAUGGGAUUCUGCCUUACCUGCAUAAUGUACCAAAACUAUAUACAUUUUUAAUUUCAGAGAUGAAUUCCAAUACAGUCAGCUUUGCCUGACAGAGCUUUGCUCGGUUCUGAUCUAGCAGAAUUCCUCAAUAACAGCAGUGCAGUGCUCCAGCCUCUGUUCUAGCUACUGCUUCAUGAGAAUACUGAUCUUUUUACCUGCAAGAUCAGACCCUCAUGCUAACAACUUCUCCAAGAGAGCAUGCAAGACCUGCUUCUUGUUGGUACUCUGAUUCACUAGGCCGUUUCUUGCACUGAAGUCUGCAUCAACUUCAAAAUAUACACACUCUGGAGGCAAAGAGGCAUUCCAGGAAUAAUGGCUGUGUGGAAGUGCUCUGCUACAAUUCUCUUUGGGGUUUUUGAAUAUAGUUUAAACUGUACAGUCUCUUGAGCUUCUUGAGCCCCUCUUUGUGUAUAUCUUUCUCUUGGUUUGAGCUAUAUCUCUGAUAAGAUAAUAGCUGAGAAAAUUUUUUUUUUCCAACUGCAGCAAGAUCUGUGGACCUGAUUAUGUGAUCAGGUGCUGGCAUUUGUUGUAAGGGAUAGAGACACGGGUGGUGGUUUUGCCCACUUUCCUGUUUUCUUUUCUCCUUCCUCGCAUUGUGGGUUGUGGAAUCUCAGAAGUGAGACAAUUGGCUAAGAUUUGCUUGAAAGCUUCUAGCCACUUAAAUACUUGAUGAAAACCUGAGAAGAUCAACGUAUCUGGGUUGUGUGUAAAGACUGCACAUAAACUUGGUAUUUUAGAAGAAAUCAUACAAAGUAUAAGUAAGUCAGAGUUUGUUAAAUUCCAGUACAGAGCAGGAAGACAGUUUUGGGAGACUUAGGGAAGGAACACUUCCUAGUGUGUAGAAAAAUGGAGGCCCUGGACAAUUUUUACAGGGUCUUGCUACUCAUCGCUUGGCAGCACCUUCUCGUAGCUCAUCUAGGGAAUUAUUUCUCCACAUCCUGUCCAGCAGUCAUGCAGUCCAUUGCUUAGUCACUCGCUCUGCAGCUGCUCUCCCACUACUCUGGAGCUUUUUUUCAGGAUUGGUUGACAAAUUAUGUAUGUGUUGUUUAUUAUGAUGCUAUGGAAUCCUCCUCCUUCUAAGGGAUCCUGAGUUUAUCUUGUUUUUAUAGUUUUUAAAAAUAAUGCUAACCAAGUACUGGAAACUUUCAAUUUGCAUGUUGACAACCAUUCCAAAUUUUAGAUUGCUGUAUCAGUUUGAUAUUUCCAGCUGCAGUAGAGUUCCAUUUCUGGAGAAUAACUCCAUGCAGUUCUUCUGUUAGAAGGAAUUUUAAAAGUGAAAGUUGGAUAUCCCAUUUAAAGAUCCUUCAUUGCUAUUGGAUCCCUGGAUCUAGGCUUAAUUUAAUUUUCUCAUUGAAUCUGGUGAAUAUCCAAAAAUCAUUCACUGAAUACCACUGUCAUAACACGUGUAUGAUUUCUUCAUAUUUGCUAAAUUUACGGACAUGUCUUAACCUCAUUCUGAGAUCCAAGGUUAAUUUUUUAUCAACAUUGGCCCCAGUCUUGAGCCCACCUUAUUAAUGAUUUGUUUAUCAAUCUCUUCACUCCAGGCAGUGUUUUGUUGUUAAAGGGUGCUUUUGCAUUGCUUCAAGCCUAAUCUUCCCAACUGGCUAAGAUUGUGUGGUUUAUCUGGUAAAUUUGGUUGGGUUAAGAUCUAGAGCUUGACUAACAGCAUUUCUUUCUUGGCAUAGAUUGGUUCUAACAAUAUUACAUUUCCUUUGAAGUUUGGAAUAUUUUAUAAAAACCAUCUGCAUAUAAAUGUCCGGUCUCCAGAAUACUCUCAUGAAUUCAAUUAGGACAACAUAAUUGAUUUCUGGAUUCAUCCACAUGGAUGGUUUUAUAUAUUAUUACGAGCUAAAUUGCAAGCAUUUAGACAAUAUGAGAUCAAUUUCCCUUGUGUGAAUAGAUUUGUAUUACUUUAAUGGUAGAGGUUUUAGACAUUUCUUCUCAGUCCUUCACCAGCCAAACAUUUCAGUGGUAUUAUUCCUUAGCCAGUAUAAGGUUUGUAUGUUAGUACAAGCAUUGUGAUAUAUGUCAUUAGGGAAACAAUAUCUUUUCUUCACUUCCUGCUUCAGGAUGUUUAUAUAUAGUUGUAAAGAUAUAAUUAGCAUUUCCAGUUUUAUUUUUAAGAUAAAUUAUAGGUUUAAAAAAAGUUUUAGGCUGACUUAGCGGUUGGUUUAACCUGCAGUAAAUUAGCCUAUUUUUUCCCCUUUGUGAGAAGAGAAGAUCCAGUUAGAUAAGGAAAGACCUGAAGACAAACUAGUCUGUAUAAACUUGUCAGACCCUGGCCUUGAUGGCAUCUUGGUGGAAUUCCAGAAGGUUACAAGAACAGUUAACAACCAGUUUAUUAUAUGUUUAUGAAUCAGCAGUGAAGGAUAAUUUAUUAGCACAGAAUGUCAUCUUAUCUCACGGAUUCUGAUGCUUAAAAAGGACCCUGAAUGAUGGAUGAACGAUCACCUGACUUCUCUAAUAAAGAUUGCAAAAUCCUAGCUGAGGUGCUUGCUAACAUAUUUCAGUCAAAUCUGGUAAAACUUGUCCAUUGGAAACAAGGCUAUUUAAGUACAGGCUAUCCAGCAAUUGUGCCAGAUUGCUCUUAGAUUUGAUUAAUUUAUACCUGGUCAUACUAUAUAGAGCAAAUUAUUAUUUAGUAAUUUAUCUAACCUAGUUCAAGUAAUGACUGCAUUUUUCUUUUAAUUGGAAAAGAAUAUUGGUGUUAGGAAUGUAUUUAACUUCAUUUUUGUUUGGUUACUGUUUUUAACUCCUUCCUGUGCUGUUUGUACACUGAUGUGGGAGAAUGUAUUCCAGGGGAUUUGCCUUGACUUACUGAUCUCUCUUGAGGCUCUGACAGGCAUGUUGCAGUAGAAUGUUGACUCUUGUUUUUAUAUUAGUUUGAUGAUAGAAAAGCUGGAGUUAGAAUCUUUUGACCAUACAUCUUACUAGGGUAUUGGACACAAUGACAAUCACUGUAGUGUAUGAUAACUCUGAAGCGAUGGAGCUCUGUGCUUCUCAGCGUCUGUAUCUUAAACCAGUAGCAAAACUGACUAUCAGUGUGGUGUUUCCAGAACACACAGAAUCUACCCGAUCUUUCUCUAAGUGGGAAGUGAUGGACAAGCUGAAGAACAUGAUUUGUCCAGACCAAUUUACUACUGUUAGGGUUUCAAAGAGCACUAAGGAUUUCAUUCGAUUUGAGGGAGAGGCAGAAACUAAAAGAUUGAUCCUCACACUUAAGGAAAAACUGCAUGGAAAGGUAAUAAAACUGAAUGGUUUCAAAGAUGACUUGAAAGUGAUGGCCACCGAGGCACAUACUGACUUUCCAACUCCACAAGAGUGGGCAUCUUACCUGAAUAAAAGAGAGAUUACGAAUGAAGACCUUACUGAGCUAACCGCUGAUAUUCCUGAUUGCAUCUAUUUUGAAGGUUUGCCAUGCAAAUGGUUUGCACUAAAGGGCUCAAAUAGUGAAAAGCCAAGUGAAGAUGUUUUAAGAGUGGUGUUCGAAAGCUUUGGAAAGAUCAAGAACAUAGAUAUCCCUAUGCUUGACCCUUAUAGAGAAGAAAUGGUGGGAGGAAAUUUAAAUAACUUCCUUUUUGGAGGUCUACAGACAUUUGAAGCUUUUAUCCAGUACCAAGAGUAUACGGCUUUUGUGAAAGCUAUGGAGUCACUUAGGGGAAUGAAGCUGAUGUUUAAAGGGGAUGAUGGAAAAGCUCUGGCAUGUAACAUGAAGGUGACUUUUGAUACAACAAAACAUUUCAGCAAAGGAGCCAUCAAAAAGAGAAGGCUGGAAAGACAAAAACUGCAAGAGCUAGAGCAAAAAAGAAAAAGGGAAAAAAAGAAAGAGGAAGAGGAGGCUGCAAGAAAAAGACGUGAUGAUGAAAAAAAUGCUCGAGAAAGAAAAAGGAAGGCUAAUCUCAAGAGGAGAGAACACAGGCAGAUAGAUCGGGAUGAGAAACGCCCAAGAAAGCAGCAGAAGGUAACAGCUGAAGAAAAGCAGUGGCCAGAGAAUAUGCCUGAAUGGGAAGAGAGGAAAUAUCUACUAGCUCAGAGAAGAGUGGAAUCUAUAAGGCUGCUUACCGUGCUGUUAAGCCGAGUAAAAGAUUUUGCACAGUUGACCGGCCAAAAAGUGGAGCCCUUGCUGCACCCUGAAGAUGUAAGAAAGGAUUGCUUUCCUGAGACAGAGUUACGAAAUGCAGACAGAGCAGAGCAGAGAGAAUCCCAUUAUCUUCUACACAAAAAACUGAAGGAUAAGAAAAAAUUUAGGAGUCAGUUCUUCCAAACGGGUAACACCUCUUUGAGUGACGAGGAGGUGCCAACUAAUCUACCUGCAUCACCUUGUCAUCUUGUAAGAACGAUCUUAAAUGAUCCAACUGCAGCAGCAAGCACUGGUAAAUUAACUGGCAGGGAUGAGAACAGUUCCUCUGAUGGUGGGUCUUUGCAGAUUACAGUAACUCAAGACUGCAAGGUUAUAGAAUCCCUUGAGAGAGAGGACUUUCCCCCUUUGAAGACAGUACACGCUGGAAAAGUGUCUGGUACAGGGUACUGCAAAAAGCAAAAAAUUUAUGAAACUGAUGAGUUUAUACAUUAUUUAUUAAACUAUUAUCAAACUCCAAGCUAUGCACGUGUCUGCCUAGAGCCAAAAAGCACAGUUAGCAAGUCUUGGUGGCAGAGGAUAGUGUCUGCUAAUGGGAAUGGCUUUCAGAUCAACUUGAAGAACAAAUAUGGGCAACGCUUUACAGAAGUGAGUUUUGUACAAAACCUUGACAAGGGAAAUUGUAGCGGGGAUGAUAAUUAUAGAUGGGAGAUCACAAUUCGGAAAUCUGAGCCUACAGAGAGUGUGUCAGAAAACAAGGCCUAUGCUGGAGGAUUUACAAAAAAGUUCCAAGUACAGUGGAAUGACUCACUUGAUAUUGCUAAUUUACCAUAUGCUGAAUUUAAAAAUUCUUCUUUUGGAGGCACUAAUACUAGUCAUGAUAAAGAAUCCAAACAAGACAAUAACAGAAGAGAAGUUGCCCCACCAUACAAACCCUCAGGUUCUGCAUACAAAUUAAAGGAUUUAAUGGAAAAGAUCAGUAGUGAUUCUGAGUAUUUUAGUGAGGCAAAGAGAACAGAAAGACAAUAUAAAGAUGUUUACAGUGAUGGCAAUAAAGCAUGCUCCCUCCCAAGAGAGAUGGAGAGAAAAUUCCUUGUCUGUGUUAAAAAUGUAGGUCAAAAUUAUUCAGAAAACGAAUCCAGCAAAUGUAGCUUCUGUUCAAAUUCUACCCAUGGUGGCUUGACAAAGCAGUGUAGACAUAAGCUUAAAAAAUCAUUCAAGAGGUGCAGUAGUAAAUUGAGACACGAAGGGCGAAAAAGUGAGUGGAAAUUCAAUGAAGAGGCGAUAAAUACCCACAAAAAGAAGAAAAAGAGAAAAAAGCUCUCCCCUAACAUUUUACCUGAUGAACAUGGCUUCUCUGAAAUGGAUAGUUGGAGACAGUUGGAAUCUCUAAAAAAGAUACAGAGAAAAUGUAGCAAAAUGUUCCACCAUAAGAUGAAAUUCAAAACACUUCAUGUGAUGGCAGCAGCAUCAUCAAAAGAUGCCAUUCAUACUGAUGCCUCUCUUCUGCAGAGAUCUCGCCAAAGGGCAGGAGAUGAGAGGAAAUUAACACUGAGGAAAGAGAUGGAUGCAGAUGUAGGAGGAUGUCCUGUUUCCCGUUGAGUUAACUGAGACAAAUCCGUGCUCUGAUUCUGUCUGUGGAGCAGAACCCAAAAGAGAAUGCUGAAUAGUUGCUAGCUAAUUGCAAUGGGACCUUGAAGCUGCUCACAAAAGCCUCUCCCCCUGCUCUCCCCCCCCCCCCAAAGGCCUUUUAUAUGGCUCUAAGAAGUGAACUGUAAGGCCAGGUCUUUAGUGAUUAUAAGCAGUCUAAAAUAGUCUAUUUUGUUUAGACUCCUUUAAUGCAUGCUGGAGUGGUAGGACAGUGAAAGAAUCUAGUUAGUAUAAGGUCCAAAAAUAGAAUCUGUAAGGAUUUGGCAUUGAUAUGAAAAAAGACCAAAGCUAUUGUGAACUAUCUGCUGAGAGUUUUGAAGCUUAAUGGGUUGAAGCUUCUGAGUGGCACCCAGCUAAGUCCAGGGGAGCCAUAAAACAUUCGCAUUCUGGUAUCUAGUAAUUAUUAUACAGUUGAAUUGAUUGUGCACAAUCUACUUAUACAUAGAUGGAAUAAAUCUUUUAAGUACCCAUAUAUUCAGAGUGCCUCCUCAGUCAUAUUGUUAAUAUGAUGGGAUGGCAAGAGGGCGGGGUAUGGCAACCUUGCAAUUCAGUUGUCGGGGGGGGGGGAGGUGAAAACUUGCACAGUGUGUUUCUAAAUUUGAGAAAACACACCCUAGUACAUUUUAACCUUCUCCGAGCAGCUGCACUGAGAAAGUCCUUCACCAUUCUGUUAAAAUUCUAGGAAUGAGCCAGAAAACUUGACAUUUUCUUGGGCUGAUCUAAAUCAUUACACUGCCACUAGAUUUAGCAUUCCUGAGAUGUUGAGUGAGGAUAUUGCAAACAAAGCUCUAAAUGUUGAACAAUGAAAGGAGAUGAUUUCAGCAUGCUGACCAUCAGCAUGAAAGAUUACCUUCAAUACAGGGUGAAAAUUGCUUGCAGGAUUUCUAAGAUGGGCCUUUCUGGAGGCACAAGCAGUGAGACAGCUACUUAGUUUAAGGUAGCUUACAGAUAAUUCCCAGAGAAGACUUCAUUUUCAAAAUGUUGCUAACUUUUAUAAAUCUCUGCUGCAUGGAGACAUAAUGUGAAAAUGCAGACUAGACGCUUGAACUAAUAUCUACAUUUAUUCAGUUCUAUUUAGCAGAUAGCCACAGCUGCUCUUGGACAAAGUCCCUCAUGAAGAUGUAGAUGGAAAUGGAACAGAUUCUGGUCUGAAUUUAGACCAACAUACUUACUGUUUCAGGUUUCAUUUUAGAAUGCUUUAUUUAUUACAUGUCAAGAUACUAAAUGUGAUGUAGCUGCCUUCAUUACAUAGCAUAUCAUUCAUGUUUGUAAUCUCUGCUCUAAUAAAGUAGUAGUAAAA